AUGUCAAAAUGUGUUAAAUUAAUACUUAUUUUAGCGUUACUUGACUUAAACUUUGACAGAGUACGAAGUAAUGAUGAGAUCGAUAAGAAUACCUAUUCAGAUUAUGAAAACACUCAAAUACUUCAAAUCAUACCUAAUUAUUUUGAAUAUCCCUUAAAUGCGGUUAAAAAGAAACCUGAAAUGUUAGGCAAUAAUAAAGUUCCCAUAAUAACGAAAACCAUAGAAGACAUGAAAAUUAAAGCAUAUGAUGAAGGAUUUGUCAAUCCCAGUGAUGAUGAGAAUUGUGUAUGGAAUGAAAAAGAAAGUAAAGAAAACACUAACAUUGAUAAUACUGAAUCGAAGAACAUUAAAGUAGAUGAGUAUGAAAGCUCUCUUAAAUUAAGAGAUAUUAGUACAGUAGCCUACGAUUAUAAAAGCCUUUUCAUGUUCUAUACCAAAGAAGACACCUGCAAAAUGAAGUCAAAUACGCAUGUUGAUCAUAAUAAAAACGUAGUAUUGUCAAAGAAUGGGAAAGUAACAGGGAAGAAACAGAAAAGUAACGAUAUAAGAAAUGAAGAGUCCUUGGACUCAUACAAAGACGGUGAUGACGAUUGGGGUCAAUCAUAUGCAAGUCAAGGUUUUCAAAACACUUUUAGUUUGGACGUAACAGUCGAAGAAAUAGAGAAAGGAAUAUUGAUGACAGAGAAAUUAUUAGAAGAAUAUAAUUUUAAUAGAUUAGCAUUGAAUAAGAAAAGACAGUAG